ACAAACUACUUGAAAUGACUGAUAAAGCUUCAGCAUUGCACAGUUUAAUAUAUAAAUGAAAAGUGCCAUAUGCUACUCUCACACCUCAUCAAAAUGUUUCCCAGACUAUUAGCUCUCUUCCUGGUUCUCGGACUAUUCGCAGCUGCUCUAGGUUUAACGGAAGGUGAAAGUAUUAGCUCGCCUGACUACGCCAAGCCAAGCGACGACCUACUCACUCCGGAUUUGUCAUCGAGUGACGCCAUUCUCCGUCAGGCUCUGAAAGAAGCAAUCAUAGAAGAAAAAAUUUCAAUUGACCAGAUCCUGACAGUCGCUCAACAAGACGUGGCGAAACUCAAGUCAUUUAUCGACUCUACCGCCGCCCGUGUCUCAAACGGAGUUGCAGGUGUGGUGAAAGGUGCUUACUCAGAGUUCAACAAAUUAGCUGCGCAACAUCUCCAGCACGCCGGCGCUGUAGGAUCGUGGGCGCGCCGUUGCAUCAGCGGCCUUCAGAGCACGGUGAAUGCAGAUGCCAACUCGCGGGCCAGGGGUGCGGUGCAGUGUGUCGUGUCCCAUGUGGACAGCGCGGUAAACGACGUCCAGACGCUCCUGGGCGUGGCGCAGUCCGCGGAGAGGGACAUCGGCAGCGCCCGAGCGGCCUUGAAGGCCUGCGGCCAGAUCAAGAACGCGCUCAAGAAGGCAGAGUGCGUGACCAAGGCGGCAGCCAAGGUCGCCGCGGAGGCGGCCUCCCUCGGCCUCAAGGUGCAGGGCGCAAUAGCAGACGCUGUCAAGAUCUACAACACCUUCCCGACCGCCGUCGAGAACUGCGAGAGGACGCAGCUGCUGGCAGCUGAGAAGGACGCUUUGGUCUUGGUUGCGAAGCUCGCGACGUGUUGAGUGUGUUGGUUACCCUCCGCGAGAGCUUACGUACAGCUUGCACCUUGGGAUGUAUUUUGCAUGGAUGUGAAUCAUGAAAAUAAACUAUGUGUGCUACGGA